GUCAAAGUUCAGCCUUCUGGGCAAAGUUUCUAGCAUUUUUGUUGCAGUAGAGAAGUGGCAGAAAACACACUGCAGGGUGUGAUGCAACUGGGGAGCCUUUGAUUUUUCCUUCAAGAAGCUGAGACUAUCAAAGUCUGAAGUCACAUUACUUCCAGUGCUUGCCUGAGGAGGAGGAACUCUGGGAGGGGAGACCACAGCCUUUAACAGAUCAAUUUCCUUUGUCCACAAAAUCUGAACAGAAUGAGGAUGCUGAAGAGAGCCUCUGCACUCAUCCUAAGAAGAGGAAUCACAACUUAUCAGAGGAGAUUGUGCAAAAAUGACUGCCACCUCAGAGUUCAUCCAUCUGUAUCACAGGCGCUGGCAGAAAACAAACCUGUGGUCGCACUCGAGAGCACUAUUAUCACACAUGGCAUGCCCUAUCCACACAACCUGAGCACAGCGAAGGAGGUGGAGGCCAUUGUGAGAGCUGAAGGAGCCACUCCAGCCACAGUUGGAAUAAUUGAGGGUGAAGUCCACGUUGGUCUGUCGUCAGAAGAGCUCGACCACCUCGCUCGCUGCAAGAGCUCCCUGAAGGUCUCCCGUCGCGAUCUGCCUUAUGUCGUCAGCAAAGGACUCUCCGGAGGAACCACAGUAUCAGCCACUAUGAUAGCAGCACAUCGAGCUGGUAUCCCUGUGUUUGUCACUGGAGGCAUCGGAGGAGUUCACAGAGACGGAGAGAACAGUCUGGACAUCAGUGCAGAUCUGACAGAGCUUGGCAGGACUCCCAUUGCAGUGGUCUCCGCUGGUGUGAAGUCUAUUCUGGACAUCGGUCGCACCCUUGAAUUCCUUGAGACGCAGGGUGUCUGUGUAGCCACUUAUGGGGCGUUGAAGAAUUUCCCAGCCUUCUUCUCUCCACAAAGCGGAUUCACUUCUCCAUACCAAGUCAGCAACCCUGAGGAGGCUGCAGAACUCAUUGCAAGCACUCUGUCACUGGGUCUCCAAAGUGGGAUCCUGUUAGCGGUGCCCAUCCCAGGUGAACACGCAGCAGUCGGACAGGAGAUAGAAGAGGCCAUACUGGCUGCAGUAACAGAAGCAAGUGCUAAAGGUAUAACAGGAAGAGAUGUAACACCAUUUAUUCUUCAAAAGGUGAAUGAUCUGACUAAAGGAAAGUCCCUUCAGGCCAACAUUGCUCUGAUUCAUAACAAUGCUAAGGUGGGCAGUCAGAUAGCAUGUGCACUGUCAAAACAAAUGAAUGGGGGAAAACACAGGGGCAACACUCGUCGUCAUGGAAAAUCAGACUCAGACUCAGAUAUUGUUGUCAUAGGAGGAAUAAACGUUGACUUUAUUGCUAAAGGAAAAACAAAAACACUUCAGUUUGGUCAGACCAACCCAGGAAGUGUCUGUCAAUCAUUUGGUGGUGUAGGUCGGAACAUUGCUGACUCUCUGAGUCGAUUAGGCCGUAGACCUCUGUUCAUCUCAGCUACCGGAGCUGAUUCACACAGUGAUGCAGUGUUUAACUACUGUAAACACAUGAACACAAGUGGUGUGGCCAGACUAGAAGAGCAAAGCACAGCUACUUACUGUGUUGUUAUUGCUGAGAGUGGAGAAAUGAGUCUUGGACUGGGAGACAUGGACAUUCAUCAGCAAAUCACAGAGCAAUAUGUCUCCCAGUUUGAGAAGCAGCUUUCAGCAGCCACUCUUGUAUGUCUGGAUGGAAACAUUCCCGUCUCCACCAUCGACUACGUUUGUUCCAUCGCCUCUAGACACAACAUCAAUGUUUGGUAUGAGCCCACAGAUCCAGAAAAGGCUUGUAAGCCUUUCCUUUCAGAUUCCUGGAAGUCUCUGUCCUACUCAUCCCCGAACCUGGCAGAGCUGUGCACUAUGAAUAAAACACUUGGUCUCCCAACACCUGAAGUGCUGCCGAGUUCUUUCGAUGAGGUGCUGAGUGUUGCUGUGGCUCUCUCACGCCCCCUUCUGGAGCAUCUACACUGUCUGGUGGUGACUCUGGGGGCUAAUGGACUGCUGGUGUGCGGAGAGCAUGAUGCAGCCUCAGUCAACCUGCAGCCAAGGAAACAAAAGAGGAGGAGGCAGCUCUGUGCUCUCCACUACCCAGCACUGACUGUGACAGCAGAGGAGACAAUGAAUGUAUCAGGAGCAGGAGAUAGUCUUGCAGGUGCCUUGAUGGUUGGGAUUCUCCAGCAUCAAGACACAGACAGCUGUGUUCGGAUGGGGCUCCUGGCUGCACGGCUGUCACUGGCGUCACCACACCCCAUCGCCCCCACGCUCACCUUAGACUCCGUGGAUCCCAACAAAUUCCAGGCUGAGCAUUGGCCCAAACCCAGCUUCAUGUGGAUAGAUUGAAAACAUUUUCAAUUUUUAAACUAUUCAAAAUUAGGUUUGUUAUACGUUGAAAUGUAAUUUAUCAAUUUUGGCCUUAAAAUUUUGUGAAACCUGGGUGUGAAAUAGUUAUUGAAUACAUUAAUAAUCCACUUUCAUUUUUAAAUUUUUGAUAAAUAAAUGAAACUGCAAUAAAUAAAUUAACCACCUUUUCUCAAAUUUUGCU